UAGACUCCUUGCUUUUGAGACUCGUCGUCCGUCGCUCCGUUCCAUUUGUUCGGCUCGUUCACAUCGCCGACUGGUCUCGUCGACGGCGAAUUCUCUCCUCCGUAUCGAUCGGCACCGAAAUUUCAAUCCCCACGUGACUUCAGGAUUCUAAUGGCUUACACUGCGGAAUGGGAAAUCCUCAAUUGGUUCGAUUCAGAUUUCCGGGGUUUCAGUUUCACGGAUCGUAACUCUGUAACUCAAGUGAACUGAAGUAUCAUAUUUGGUCUCCAUACCCAUAGUUGGCUGGAUACUCUCUGUAGAAGAUUCCUCAUAAAUGGACGCAAAGGCUCUCGCAAAAUCAAAGAGAGCUCACUCUCUGCACCACAGCAAGAAAUCACACUCAGGUCAUAAACCGAAAGUUCAGCCAGAAAGCUCAGAGAAUGUCAGAAACCUGAAGAAGCAGCAAGGAAAUCAAGCUGCAGCUGAGAACGCUAAGAAUCCGGUUCAAUCUAGACGACAACCUGCUCUCCCAUCGAAUUGGGAUCGGUAUGAUGAGGAUCUCGAUUUGGAUAUGGACAGUACAUCAGGGAAUUUAUCAGUGGACCAAACCAUUGAUGCUAUUAUACCAAAAAGCAAAGGAGCAGAUUAUCGUCACUUGAUAGCCGAAGCUGAAGCGGAGUCCCAGUCAAAGAUAAACAUCGUUUCAGAUAGUUUAUGUUCACUAGACGAUGUUUUGCACGACGAAUUUAGUCGGUUAGUUGGAUCAAUGCUCUCGGCUAAAGGAGAGGGCAUCCUUUCGUGGAUUGAAGAUGACAAUUUCAUUGUCGAAGAUGGAUCAGCUUCAAGUCAUGAGCCAGCAUUCCUCUCCCUGAAUUUAAAUGCUCUUGCUGAGAAAUUGGAGAAGGUGGAAUUGCAUGAGGCUCUUUAUGUCGAAGCUGAUAUAUUCCUGACUGAGCCGUUGAAUGGCGACCAGGGACAGAGGCAGUCGCAGACAAUACAGGAAGCACAAGCUGCCUCCAUGGUCCAACCAGAUUUCAGUGGAAAGGAAAAGCUUGAAUGGCUCGAACCCAUUGUUCCUCGAAGCGAUCUUGAGUAUGAUACGGAUAGUCAAGUCAAGGAUAUACCAAUAAUCACUGGCCGGACAGAGAAACCAUCGAACACUUUGGAAGAUGUAAAAUCUCCGGCAUUCGAAGCUGAACUCGAUAUGCUUCUCGACUCCUUUGCGGAGAAUGGCGUUCAAGAAUCACACAAUAAGCCUCGCCCAGUUCGAAACUCAACGUUCCACACAGGAUCUUCCGACAAUGCUUCUGAAAAGUCUUCAGCUUUUCAAUGGACAUCAGCAGAAUCAGAACUGGAUACGCUUCUGAACGCAUCACCUGCGUCCGGUCUUCAAGAAUCCGAUGAUAAGCCAAACCCAGUUCGAGAUUUGACGAAAGAGACAAAUCCAUCUGAUAAAAUGCUUCAAGCCGCAAGGUUUGAUGAAGUUCUUGAUGACUUACUGGGACAGACUUCAGACACGUUGAAACCACAGCAGAACCAGACCGCUUCUUCUUCGUCGGUUGGAAGAUCCAAGGUUUUGGACGAGUUUGAUUCUUGGUUAGACACUAUUUGAUCUGCUGUUGUUACAGAUGUUUCGAUGUUUUAACAGAUCAGAAGAAAAAAAAAACAUGUUUUUUGUAAAAUUUUUGCCUCUUGUUCUGUGUCAAGUUUGACAAGUUAAAUUGCAUUUCAAGAAUCA